UGAUCCACAACGCAACAGUUUUCAUCGGAAAUGCACCUUAACUCGGAUUGACUUCAUGUUUUUGUGGACUUUAUGGAAGUAAGUUGGGAUUAAAGACAUAAACGUGCUCUUCUGAUGCCAACUUAAGCUCCUUAUUUAGAACUAAUUGAUUAUUUUGAGCUGCUGGUAGAGUAUCUCUCCUAAACUAAUACAUGUGAAUGAUGGGUUUGAAUGCAGACAUGGACGACUCCACCGAAGCCUAUUUAUGCAUAAAUGAUCCCAACGGCAACAGAGGCGUCCUCUGGUCCGAAUCCCACGCUCACCUGGAGCAGGAGAAGUUCAGGAGGAAGCUCAAGUAUUUCUUCAUGAACCCCUGUGACAAGUACAAAGCUCGUGGAAGAAAACCCUGGAAACUCAUGCUGCAGAUCGUCAAAAUCGCUGUGGUCACAAUACAGCUGGUGUCAUUUGGUCUCAGUAAUCAGAUGGUGGUUCAGUUUAAGGAGGAGAAUCUGAUGGCAUUCAGGCAUCUGUUCCUGAAGAGCUUCACUGAGAGCAGCGCUAGCACUUACUCCGUUUACACACGGCAUGACGUUUACACGCACAUCACCUACACAGUGAACCAGUUUCUGAUGUUGCCGAGUAUAACGGUGGGAAACCAUCAAUAUGAGAAGGAAGGUGAUGUUUACAGUCCGCUCACCAUCUGCCAGCAGUUCUACCGAAACGGCAGCAUCUCACCAUCCAACGAAACCUUUGACAUUAAUGCUCAGGUGGAUGAAGAGUGUUUGCAGAUUUACCCAGUACCUCCCUUCUCGACUUUAACAACAAACCCGCUGAACUUUACUCUGCACUUUGAGAGGUUAUUGACAGUGACUGUAAAUUUCACUCUGAAAGCCAUUAACCUGGAGACGGUUGAGUACCACGAGCUUCCGGACUGUUAUGUCUUCCACAUUAUGAUAACUUUUAACAACAAGGCCCACAGCGGUAGAAUCACGAUCGACCUGGACAAUGACGUGCACAUCUAUGAAUGCAGAGACUGGAGUGUGGUUGGUGCAUCCCCGAGGAACAUGUAUAUGCUGGUUCUGUUUGACGUGAUGGUGAUUCUGAUUCUCAUGCUGUCACUGCUGCUCUGCGCACGCUCGGUCAAAGCUGGAGUUCAUCUGCAGUUUGAAUACACAGAAUUCUUCUCCAUUCAUUAUGGCAAACGUGUGUCCUUCUCUGAGCGCAUGGAGUUCAUCAACGGCUGGUUCAUCCUCAUCAUCGUUAGUGAUGUUCUGACCAUCACAGGCUCUCUGCUGAAGAUCAUCAUCCAGCUGAAGGCCGUGGCGAGUUACGAUCUGUGCAGUAUCCUGCUCGGCACUGGCACCAUGCUCGUCUGGAUCGGCGUAUUGCGCUAUAUGGGCUACUUCAAAAAAUACAAUAUUCUCAUCAUCACUUUGCGAGCGGCAUUACCGAACGUCAUCCGCUUCACUUGUUGUGCUGCCAUGAUUUACCUCGGCUACUGUUUCUGUGGCUGGAUCGUCCUGGGACCCUACCACACCAAGUUCCGGACGCUGAACGUUGUUUCCGAGAGUCUGUUUUCGCUCAUCAACGGUGACGACAUGUUCGCCACCUUCAAGAACAUGCAGCAGAAGAGUGACGUGGUGUGGCUCUUCAGCCGUCUGUAUCUCUACACGUUUGUGUCUCUGUUCAUCUACAUGGUGCUCAGUCUGUUCAUCACGCUCAUCACCGACACGUACGACACCAUCAAGCAUCAGCAGCUGGAUGGGGAGCCCGUGUCAGAUCUGCAGGCGUUCAUCAUGCAGUGUAAAGAUCUUCCAGAAUCGGGCUGCUUCAGUGCGGAUGAGAGCAGCGGCGCCGGUGGAUGUCUGAUGGGCUGCUGCUCACGCAGGACACAUGACUCUGAUGAGGACACAGACUAAUUUGGAUGCUCACAUGAAGUCUUGUAUAAUUGUAUGAAAGUUUGGAUUGAAAGUGAGAAUAUAUGUAUUCUCAGAGAUGUAUAUAAAUAUACAAAAGAGAAACAGCAGAGUAGAUUAUAUGCUGAGAAAGGUAUUUAGGAAAGAAGGUUUAGAGUAUUUUGUAUUAUAAGUAGUUAUUUCCUACUGAAUUCACAUAUCACCUUGUAACAUCCAGCUGUUUGUUUCUAUUGAAAUAUAUUUGGAGCUGGUCUUACUGUUAUGAAUGUAUUAUAUUGUUGUUUGUGUGGAUAAAAGCACAUUUUGUUUGAUUAAGAGGA